AACGCCACAGCUCGCAUCACAAUUCACGAACCCCCUUUCUGUUUCCGACAAAAGUCACAAAACCAUCUAAACAUGAAUUAAACAAUUCAAGAAUCAACAAUAAACGAAAUAAUCAAAAAAUUUACAGAAAAUUAAACCAAGAAUAUUGCUUGCUUCCUUGACGAAACAUCAUCGACACACUCCCACAAACACACACAAAACUCUCUUUCACACACUCUCUCUCCCCCUUCACUCACUCAAAUGGUUAAUUUCAGAUCUCAAAUUUGAAAAACACCAUAGCAAAAUAAUGAUAUUUAGAUCCAAAAUCAAAUGGGCAGCUCUUGGAGGAUUGAUCUUAUCUAUAGUUUCAUUAGUUGUUCAUUUAUUUCUUGCCAAAUAUUCUACUGUUGACCUUGUUCACUCUGCUACUUUCAGUGUCUUUCCUGAUGAUUUGUCUGUUGGAGUUGGUCCGGUGUUGGGGUACAAGAAAUUGUGGGCAAAUGUGGAAUUUCUUCAGUCAUUACAGCCUUAUUCUAAUUCUAGAACUUCAUUUCCUGAGCCAGUUCGGGGCAACGGUUUCAUAUAUGCGAAAAUAUUUGGCGGAUUUGAGAAGAUAAGAAAUUCGAUUGCUGAUCUUGUCGCUGUAGCUAGACUUUUGAAUGCCACUUUGGUCAUCCCAGAGAUUCAAGAAAGUCUCCAGUCAAAAGGCAUCAGCUCAAAGUACAGUAGCUUUUCGUACAUAUACAAUGAAGAGCAGUUCCUAGCAGCUUUGAAAAAUGAUGUUAAAAUUGUAAAAACCUUGCCUCCUAAGUUGAAGGAAGCUAGAAAGAAGAAACAGUUUCCAAUAUUUAAACCUAAACGCUCUGCUUCACCAAGUUAUUAUACUUCUGAAGUUUUACCAGUGUUGAAAAAAGCAAAGGUUGUUGGAUUUGUGCUCUCUGAUGGCGGCUGUUUACAGGAUGCCCUUCUUCCUAGCUUGGCGGAGUAUCAGAGGCUUAGGUGUAGGGCUGCUUAUCAUGCACUACGCUUUAGAGCAGAAAUUCUGGCACUUGGACAUGAAAUUGUGAAGAGGUUAAGGGCUUCUGGACAACCGUACCUUGCUUAUCACCCAGGCCUUGUGAGAGAUGCAUUAGCUUAUCAUGGUUGUGCAGAGCUUUUUCAGGAUGUUCACAGUGAACUGAUACAGUCUAGGAGAGGACAGCUGAUCAAGCAACGCAGUAUUAGGGAAGCACUCAGUGUUGAUUCGCAUGCUCGUAAGCUAAAUGGCUCAUGCCCCCUUAUGCCUGAAGAGGUAGGUUUGCUGCUUCGAGCCAUGGGUUAUCCUCCACUCACCAGAAUAUAUAUAGCUGGCUCAGAAAUCUUUGGUGGUCAGAGGUUACUGGUCCCUCUUCGGGCCAUGUACACCAACUUGGUAGACCGCACCUCAUUGUGUAAUAAGCAGGAGUUGUUGAACUUGUUUGGGCCUGAAAAGUCUCUUGAGGAUGAUUUUCUUGAUUCACUUCCAUCUAAAAGCCCACAAUUAUCUAAAGAAGAAUGGGACAAAGCUGGUCCCCGGCCUAGGCCCCUUCCCCCUCCUCCUGACAGACCGAUUUACCGUCAUGAGAAGCAAGGAUGGUAUGGUUGGAUUGCUGAAAAGGAUGUAGAGCCAGAUCCCUCUCCAGCAGAGUUGAGGAAUCGGGCACAUAGACUCUUGUGGGCUGCUCUUGAUUAUAUAGUGUCUGUCGAAGCAGAUGCAUUUUUCCCUGGCUUUCAUAAUGAUGGCAGUGGCUGGCCUGAUUUUUCGAAUUUGGUAAUGGGGCACCGGCUUUAUGAAGUUGCAUCAUUAAGAACAUAUAGACCAGAUAGGAAGUAUCUGGCAGAACUAUUCAAUAGUAGCAGUGAUAAUCGUUACCAUCCAAAACGCAGCUGGAUCAGUUCAGUGAGAGAGCAUUUGAACAAGAGUAUUGGUGAGGAGGGCCUUGAAAGGGAACUACGAUUAUCAAAACCCGGUUCAUUCCUUUCUUACCCAAUCCCGGAGUGCUCAUGUCGGACAUCAAACUCAGCUGAAAUUCUUGGUUCAAUUUAUGGUGAUGUUGAUGAGUGUCCAAAGUGGAUGGAGAAAGGUCUCAAAGUCGACACAGUUUUAAGCGUUAGUGAAUCACAAGACGAUGAUGAUGCUGAAUUGGAUAAGCAGAUGGAACCUGAUGAUGACAGUUCAACACAGACAAAACCGUCACUGGAUCAGGAUGAGGAAAUGGAUCCUGAUGACUAGAGCUACUUUUGCAAUGAUCCAUUCUUUCACCGGAUAAAUUCCACAUUAUGUUUCAACAAAGUCGAGGAUGCGCCAAGGACUGACCGAGACUGCGUACAUUAUAUCGAGGCUGCACGUCAAGUUGCUAUCAAUGCCAGAUCUCUUCAGCAGGUGUCCUUCUCCUUGUUACUGUAAGCAUAUUCAUAAUGUUCCAUGGGAUUUUUCUUCAGGAAAGCUGCAAUUUUUGGAAGCUGACUAAAAAUUCUUUUUCUUUUCCUUAUACAACCACACACGCUAAAAGUCUUAAAGUUACAUAAUUUUUCCUUUCUUUUUCUUUUUUUUUUGGUAGAAAUUUUUUAUAAUUCACCCUUAGGAUGGAUUAGGUUUUUCUUCUUACUUCUGUAUAUCAAUUGUAUUCUAUUUUUUUUUUUCUCACGGCAAUUAAUAAAAAAAUAUGUAUGAUUUGUUGAGUUA